GGCGGCCCAGGCGCGGAGGGGGAGACGGUCCCAAGAUGGCGGCGCUGCAGGCGGAGCGCGGGUACGGGCUGUCCUGCGGCCGCCUCGGCCGCGGCACCCGCGUCUCCGUCUUCCACGUCAAGCUCACGGAGAGCGCCCUGCGCGCCUUCGAGAGCUACCAGGCCUGUAAGGAUGCUGUGACGUCAAAGCCAGUCAUCCAGUUUCAAGGAAGCCAAGGGCACAUCGCCAUCCCGAGGCCCGACCGACCGGCGGAAGUGAGGACCUUCACCUUCUAUCUCUCCAACAUUGGCAAGGACAGCCCCCAGGGGAGCUUUGACUGCAUCCAGCAGUAUGUGUCCAGCAAUGGCAAUAUCCAUUUGGAUUGCCUGGGAAGCAUACAGGAUAAAAUCACCGUGUGUGCUACUGAUGAUUCCUACCAGAAGGCGAGGCAGAGCAUGGCACAGGCAGAGGAGGAGACUCGCAGCCGGAGCGCCAUAGUCAUUAAACCUGGGGGGAGAUAUGUAGGCAAAAAGGUUCAGGUGCGUAAACCUGCACCAGGAGCUUCCGAUGCUGUUCCCUCCAGGAAGCGCCCAACGCCAGUCAACCUUGCCAGUGCAAUAAAGAGAGGCAAUAGUGCCAUUUCCCAGAGACCCUUCAAAGAUAGGGUUGUGCACUUACUGGCACUAAAGCCUUAUAAGAAACCUGAACUUAUUCUCAGAUUGCAGAAGGAUGGACUUUCUCAGCAGGACAAGGAUUUGCUGGAUAACCUUCUGCAACAGGUGGCAAAUCUGAGUGCCAAGGACAGCACUUUCACACUGAAAGAUUGUGUAUACAAAGAAGUGCAGAAGGACUGGCCUGGCUACUCAGAAGGAGAUCAGCAGUUGUUGAAGAGGAUCCUCGUUAGGAAGCUGUGCCAGCCCCAGAACAGCGGCGCUUUCCAGGGAGAAGCUCCGUCGCUGAGCCCUCCGAAGGACACGCUGAGCUCCAGCUCUCCCCCCCAGAAACGACCCUUACCUGUGGAGUUCAUCGACCCCCUGGCCAACAAGAAGCCCAGGAUCUCGCACCUGGCGCACAGAAGCCAGCCCACCCUGAACGGGAAGCUGAAUUCCUCCAACGGCAAGGACAGCCUGGCCCUCCCUGCCCCGGCGCUGCCCCCGGAGCCCCCCGUGGGCUCCAGCUCCUCCCUGCCGGCCCUGGAGCUGCCCAGGCCCCACGACCCCCUCUCGGAUGUCAGCAACGACCCGGCCCACAACGGCAGAGACUGUGAGAGCAGCACGGAGCCUCCCGAGAGACUGAGUCACCCCCUGCCCACAGACUGUGCCCAGAGCAGCAAACACAACUGCGGCUCCUACGUCAAAUCCAAGAAAAAAUCCAAAAAGCACAAAGACAAGGAGAAGGACAGGAAGGAGAAGAAGAGCGAGGAGAAGUGCAAAGAGGAGAAGCAGAACUGUGAAGUAAUAAAAAAUGCUGAUUUAGUUAGUGUUGCCCAGGAGCAGGUGCCAGGUUUAAAUGGAACAUGCAAUAAUUCUAGUGUACCAACAUCAACUUCAGACAUGCCAGAUUAUUUAUUAAAAUACGCAGCCAUCUCCUCCUCGGAGCAGCGUCAGAGCUACAAGAACGACUUCAACGCGGAGUACAACGAGUACCGGGACCUGCACGCCCGGAUAGAGCGGAUAACCCGACGGUUCACCCAGCUGGACGCCAAGCUGAAGCAGCUUCUGCAGGGCUCUGAGGAGUACAAGACCAUCCACGAUCAAAUUUUACAGGAAUAUCGGAAAAUUAAAAAGACAAACCCCAACUACAGCCAAGAGAAGAACCGCUGCGAAUACCUCCACAACAAACUGGCCCACAUCAAAAAACUGAUAGCAGAGUAUGACCAGCAGCAGUUUUAGCUGCCACUCACCCCUGGACUGGGUAGGGCAAACCAAAAUCCAGUCAGCCUGGACGUUACGUUCCCUUUUGUACACCCAAAAUCCCUUUCAGAGACGAGCAUUAAUUCCUCGUGGUUGAAGAACUUGGGGAUGACUUUAAGAUGCCAGAUCUGUCAUGUCCACGUCCAGCACGCUCCUCCCGAGUUUUUAAGCCUCUCUGAAUGUUGGAAUGUAACAAAUGGAUAACAAAAAACAAACAAAAAAAAAGAAACAAAAAAAAAAAUUCUGCUUAUUUGAAGCCAGCGUUUGACACUUAAGGGAAAACUUGCCUAAAGUGACCGAAGCUCCCAAAGGUUAAGAAUCUGUAGUUUUCAUGGAUUAAAAGUUUGGCAUGAAGUUGUAAUUGCCCAGCUCCACGUGGGUUACAAAUUGUCCUACAAAUGGUGAGGAACUGGAAUUGCUGCUAGGACUGUCUGGAAUGAGAGCUGCGCGCUCCCGGCUCCGCGGAAAUACACCACGUUCCCUGA